GGCCGGGAAAAUGGCGCCGAGCUCGAAAGCGGAGCGGGGAGGAACCGGGGCCAAGAGGGGGGGCACCGGCGGGGCCGGGCCUGGGGCCGCCGCCCGGGGCCGCCGAGAGCACCUCGUGAGGCAGCUGGACCGGGUCCGGCUCAGUGGGCAGCUCUCCCCACGGCUCUUCCGGAAGCUUCCCCCCCGUGUCUGUGUGUCCCUCAAGAGCAUCGUGGACGAGGAGUUCCUGUACGCGGGGCACAUCUUCCUGGGGUUCUCCAAGUGUGGCCGGUACGUCCUGUCCUACACCAGCAGCUCCGGGGACGACUUCUCCUUCUACGUGUACCACCUGUACUGGUGGGAGUUCAACGUGCACAGCAAACUGCGCCUGGUGCGCCAGGUGAGGCUGUUCCAGGACGAGGAGAUCUACAGCGACCUGUACCUGACCGUGUGCGAGUGGCCCGGGGACAGCGACAAGGUCAUCGUCUUCGGCUUCAACACGCGCUCGGCCACGGGGCUGCAGAUGAACAUGCUGCUGAUGAGCGACGAGAACCACCGCGACAUCUACGUGAGCGCCGUGGCCGUGCCCCCGCCCCGCCACUGCCCAGCCUGCCGCCGGGCCAGCCCCCCGCCCAGGGAGGCCCCCCCCGCGUGCCUGCGCCACGGGUUCCUGCUGCACACCAAGUUCCAGGUGGUGUAUCCCUUCCCCACCUUCCAGCCGGCCUUCCAGCUGCGCAAGGACCACGUGGUGCUGCUCAACACCAGCUUCUCGCUCGUGGCCUGCGCCAUCGCCGUGCACCCCGCGGGUACAGGACCCCCUGAGCCCCCCGGGACCCCCGGGCACUCCCCAGAACCCGCCUACGUCAACUACACCAAACUGCGCUACGUGCUGGAGCCCGGGGAGCCCCCCCAGGACCUAGAGGACGACAAGAUCUCCCUCCCGUUCGUGGUGACCGACCUGAGCGGGCGCAGCCUGACCCCCCUGAGGGACCGGGCCACGGCACAGGGGCAGUUCCUGACAGUGGAGCAGCUCACGCUGGACUUCGAGUACGUGAUUAACGAGGUGAUCAGGAACGACGCGGCCUGGGGGCGGCAGUUCUGCUCCUUCAGCGACUACGACAUCGUCAUCCUCGAGGUGUGCCCCGAGACCAACCAAGUGGUGAUAAACAUCGGGCUGCUGCUCCUGGCCUUCCCCUCGCCCGACGAGGAGGGGCAGCUGCGCCCCAGGACGUACCACACGAGCCUCAAGGUGUCCUGGGACCUCAACAACGGCACCUUCGCCACCGUGGGCGUCGGGGACCUCACCGAGGUCAGGGGCCAGACCAGCGGCAGCGUGUGGAGCUCGUACCGCAAGGGCUGCGUGGACACGGUGAUGCGCUGGCUCGUCCCCGAGGGGCCCGGCAGCGUGCACAGGAUGACCAACGAGGCCCUGCACAAGGGCUGUUCCCUGAAGGUCUUGGCAGACAACGAGCGCUACACGUGGAUCGUGCUGUGACCCUGACACGGGACAGACACACGGACACACGGACACGGGACGGACACACGGACACAGGACGGACACGGGAAGUGGCCCCACCCCCCAGUUUGGGGCCAUUUGGGGGUUUUUUUGUUCUUGUUUUUUUUUCCUUCUCCCAUUCAGUGUUUUAUUAUUGGGGCCCCCCCCCAACCCCCAACAGCCCCCCCAUAAAUAUUCCCAUUUCCA